AUGACAUCGACGUCUUCAAUUUUGCUAACAAGCAGUGUUGGAUUAUCAACAUGUGCGCUGGUUGCAAUUAUUUUAUAUUUACCACAAAUGUAUUGGGAGAUGAAUGAGUUGAAAGAGGAAGUUGUUGGAGUUGUCAGAAGUUUCAAGGUUUGUGAGAUUUCUUCUGAUUUUUUUUUCAAAAAAAAAAUCUCAAACUCAUUUUCCUCUCCACAUCUUGUGUAAACAUUCAUAUUUUAUGAAGUCGUUAAAAAUCGCAUUUCGAAAAAUUUUAUAUUUAACACAUUUAGGUCGAAACCGAUUCAAUUUGGAUUGAUUUAAUGGAUGUUCAACUUCUUCAUUCUCCACCCUCUAAACCGCGUGAAAACCCACUCCUUCGACGUGACAAACGUUUCGCCAAACUUCCGGAUUGGUGUCAAUGCGAUAAUGCGCCACAAUGUCCACCAGGCCCUCCAGGUCCGCCAGGAGCACCGGGAGCCCCGGGAAGUUCAGGAGAGCCGGGAGUUCGAGGAAUGGAUAAUCCACAUAAGGUUGAAUCAGUUGGAUGUGACUCAACAAUCACUGGAUGUGUAAAAUGUCCAAGGGGAAUUGCGGGACCACCAGGACCACCAGGACCAGAAGGACAACAAGGGCCAAAUGGAUCAGACGGUGCUCCAGGUGCACCUUCACAAAUUCAUGGCCCACCAGGUCCACCAGGAAUAAUCGGAGAUGAUGGAGCGCCAGGACAACCAGGACAACCUGGAGAACGUGGAGCACCUGGAAAAGAUGGACAAAAACAAGUUGGAGUUCAAGGGCCACCAGGUCCACCAGGAGCACCUGGAAAACCAGGAACAAUUGGGGAAACUGGAUUGAAAGGACUCGAUGGUGAGCCUGGAUCUGAGGGAAUCAGUGGAGUUCCUGGGCCAAGAGGUGGACCGGGAGUUGAUGGAAAACCGGGAAGUGUUGGAGGACCAGGUGUGCCAGGAAGAGAUGGACAAUAUUGUCCAUGUCCACCGAGAAGUUUUAUGUUGGCAGCGACGGCAAGAAGAAGACAUGCUAAGAUUUGA